AUGAAUGAAAAUGGUGAGGAAAGCUGGAACGUGAAAGCUGUUCUUGGCGCCGAAAAUGAUAGAAAGAACACUCCAUUGCACCUUGCAGCAAUAAGAGGAGAUGUUAAAAUGUGCAGGAAGAUGGGUGACGGAGACCCCUCUUUAAUUGCUCGUCGCAACAUUGAUGGCGAGACACCCCUUUUCUUAGCGGCUCUCCAUGGCAACAAAGAAGCUUUUCUUUGGCUUUAUUAUCUGUAUGUGGGAAUCCAUGAUGUUUCUUCGACCGACAUUGAUCAAUGUAUAAGGAACAACAACGAUGACACCAUUCUUCAUUGUGCAAUUGCAGAAGGGCAUGCUGAUGUGGCAAUCGAAAUACUUCAACGUUGCGGACAUCGUCUUAAAGAGAUGAUGACACAAAAUAACAAUGGGUUGUCUCCACUCCAUCUCCUAGCAGCAACCCCUUCAGCUUUUGAAAGUACUGAUCUUCCUAGUCGAUCCUUCGUUGUUAAACUUCUUUAUCACUGUAAGUACAAUGUCUUUCUGUAUGUCCUUUAUCUCCAAACGGCAUUGUCAGGAAGAAAUCUCUACGAGAUCCAUUAA